AUGGACAACCGCGGUCGCUCUCCUUCGGCCGGCGCGCCUAUAAGACGUCAGCCCUCUGCAUCGCCUCACCAUCCGGCCCACCCGCCUGCUGCCAACAACCUGAACCUGAACGUGACCGCCGGCGGCGGCUUUCACGACGCCAACAGCAACGGCAGCAAUAUCGCCUCGCAGAACAACCUCCGUCGCAACCAGUUCGCCGCUGGUCUGAACGCGCACGCAGCCUCAGGCGCUUUCGGCGACUCCACCUUCACCACCGACUAUUCUCUCGGACCCACCUACACCGACUUCGAACAACACCAGCAGCAAUCGCAGAGCAACCCGAUCUCCAACCACACGUUCCUCCAUUCGCAAGCCACCGUGGAGACCGGCCUCGGCGACAGCGACUCCAGCGCAUUCCCUUCCUUCGAUUUCAGCCAAACCACUUUCGAUCAGUCCAACUCCCUCGACCCGAGCCUCCUCUCUGCCGAUAUCGACUCUAGCUCGCUCGACCUACUACAGCCUCAGCCAGGCGCAGAGAACAGUAACGCUGCGCUCGAUCCUAUGGCGGCUGCCAUGUCGUCGCAUUCGCCCACCCCGCCCCACCUCUUCCCAGACAUGGGCAGGCGCCAAUCUGGCAGCCCAAGCCCUCAUGCCUCGCCGCACUUCCAGCAGAACAAUCCAAACUUUCCGAUCAUCAACAGGCCGCGCAAUGCAUCGGAAUCGCUUGAUCCCUCGAGUGCGAUGUUUCCACAGGGCAACAGCGGAAACGAGUGGAUGAACAUGGGCGCAUACAGGUCACACAAGCGGACACCUUCGGACAACCUGUCUGACGUAUCGUCGAACCACGCGUCGCCCUAUCUGGGCAACUUGGAUAGCUUCGAUACGGCCAAUGCGCAUUCAUCGCCUCUUCAAAACCCAUCAAACGAUCCUCUAUUCAGUGAUGGACUAGGCCUCCAGCAGUUCAGCUUGAACGAGAAUCAGCACUUCAACCACAGUCCAGGUCCCAGUCCAGGACACUCGCCCCACCUCAUGCCUCAGCCACAACAUGCACUCCCACAAUUCACGGCAGAUAACAACUACGGGUUGAACGCGAGCAUGAAUCCGCCGUUUGGUCAGCAGAACGGAUUAGAUCUGUUUCCGGGCACCGGCCAAGAACCAUUCCCCUCGCUCAACAGUACACAAGGAUCAAGUCCUGGAGACCUCGGUCAGGCAGACCACAUGAGUCCACCCGAAAUCAACAUCGAUUACGCACCCCCGACACGACCUGUAGAGAAUGUAAGAUCGGACAAUUCUCAAGAUGCGUUGAGUCCACCACUACGAAGUAAGCCGCUCCUUCCAUGUCUGGUAGCGGAGCAUACGCUGACUGAAGCUUCAGCCACUAAUCGUGCACGUGCCAAAUCGGACUCAAAUCUUGGUUCAAGGUCUCCAUCUCCAGCGCUUCUCGGUCGAGGCAGAUCUCCUUCCGCUGGUGGGGAGACUCUGUCUCCGUUCGACAACGCAAAGACGCAAUCACGAUCGUCAUCUCCAGCUCGCGGCCGGAAUGGCUCACACAACAAUCGUGGACGUAGUUCAAGCAACGCUUCGGAUCAGCGCGACUACAUUCUAGACCUGGCCGACCCGCAACGAACGCCUUCGAACGGAGCGGACAGCAAGCGGGUACAGAAGCACCCGGCAACAUUCCAAUGCAAUCUCUGCCCGAAGCGAUUUACCAGGGCGUACAAUCUUCGAUCACAUCUACGUACGCAUACAGACGAACGACCGUUCGUAUGUACAGUUUGUGGCAAAGCUUUUGCACGACAGCACGAUCGCAAGCGACACGAAGGUCUACAUUCUGGCGAGAAGAAGUUCGUAUGUCGAGGUCAGCUGCAGAGCGGAUCGCAAUGGGGCUGUGGUCGGCGCUUCGCUCGUGCAGAUGCGCUUGGACGACACUUCCGAUCCGAAGCUGGCCGUGUAUGCAUCAAACCUCUUCUCGACGAAGAAGCCGCGGAACGGCAAAAGGCGAGGAUGGAAAAACAACAACAGGCGCAAGUCGCCGCAGGGCUAGUGGCCCCUCAACCAAUGAUGAAUCAACCGCAAGUCGACAUGAUGACGAACUUCCUUCCAGCUUCUCUACUACAACAGUAUCCUGCCCUGGCAAAUAUCGAUUGGAACGCGAUGCCGCAAGGACCACCACCCGAUGAAGACGCAUACAGCGGACUAAGCUCCUUUGACGCUUCGAGCGGUGGUGAGUUCUACGAAGAAGUUUCGGAAAAUGAAAUGGGAGGGUAUCAAGAUUCCAAUAUGACUGGCAUGGGCAUGAAUCAUAUGAGCGAUGUGCCGGUGGGCGGAGCACAGAAUUUCUCCGGGUACGGAGGCCAUCAGGCUGGCGAUUACUUGAGCGAUUUUGAAGGACGAUGA